AUGUCGAAAGAAGGGAAUUUUCUAAUUUUUCUGUCCCUUUUGAUUUGUUUUCAACAAAUUUUGGCUGACGAAUGUGUUAAAACAUCCGACCCAUGUAUCUGCCAAACCACCUCUCGGAAAAUCAAUUUCAAAGAUUUGGAUUUGCCAGCAAAUGAUUACAAGUUCAAGAUAUCCGGAACUGGGAAGGCAGCGACACAAUUAUUUUAUUAUAAUCCAUGUUUAAAUUUUAGUUUUGCUAGCUGUCAAGAUGCUACGGUUUGCCAACAAGAUGGUACAGCAUAUUAUAAAUUGGGCGAUGUUAAUAUUGGGUACAGUG